CUCAGAUUGAGAGGCGGUUUGAGAUCCCGAGCUCCACCGUUGGUAUCAUUGAUGGCAGCUUCGAAAUGGGUAAUAUACUGGUCAUUACCCUGGUAAGCUAUGUUGGCGCUAAGUUUCACAGGCCCAAGAUCAUUGGAGCAGGGGUUCUGCUGAUGGGUAUAGGAACACUGCUAAUGGCUUCACCUCAUUUCAUUAUGGGCCGGUACAGGUAUGGUACAGCUGCCACCCACACUAAUGAUGAUGGUAAUUUCACUGUGAUCUCUACAUGCUCAUCCGACUCUCAGGAAACUCUUCAAAAGCCUUUCUCUGGAUGCCAAAAAGAGGAAUCUGGAAGGUCACCCUUGUGGGUGAUGGUGCUUUUGGGAAACACUAUGCGUGGGAUUGGGGAAGCCAGCAUUGUCCCUCUGGGAAUGUCAUUCAUAGAUGAUUAUGCACGGCCAGAAAACUCUGCUUUUUACAUUGGUUGUCUGAACACACUUGGAGUGAUUGGGCCAAUUUUCGGUUUCAUGCUUGGAUCUCUAUGUGCUAAUCUUUAUGUGGAUAUUGACUCAGUGUAUCAAGCAAGCGUGACCAUCACACCGCAGGACUAUCGCUGGGUUGGGGCUUGGUGGUUGGGUUAUGUGGUGUCUGGCCUGUUCACUCUACUUGCUGCUUUUCCUUUGUGGUUCUUUCCAAGAGCUCUACCUGAAAAUUCCCAAAUUUCUGAGCUAAACCACCCCCGGCAACAGCACAAAACCACCCCCAGCCUUACAGAGAUAGUCAAAGAUUUUCCACCAUCCUUUAAGCAUCUACUUACCAACAAGAUUUACAUUCUGUACCUAGCUCACAGUAUUGUGGCAUUUAACGACUUUGCCAUAGGGGCGUCAUACACACCGAAGUAUCUGGAACAGCAGUUUGGACAGAGCGCAUCCAAAACCAACUUUCUCAUAGGAGCGACAUCUGUUCCAGCAGUGGCUCUGGGUAUUUUUCUGAGUGGGUUGAUGAUGAAGAGGUUUAAAUGGGAUCUGCUGACAUCUGCAAGAGUGAACUUGUACGCUGGUGUUGCCAUGUUGUUUUUGGCCGUACCUUUCUUCGCUCUCAGCUGCGGAAAUCUAGAAGUUGCAGGGGUUACAGUGCCCUAUCAAGGAUCUACUGAAGUUCAAGGUGUAAUAAGUGAUGUACUCCCUUCUUGCAAUGCUGACUGUGGGUGUCCAGACAUCCAUUGGGAUCCAGUGUGUGGAGAGAAUGGAGUGACCUACAUCUCCCCUUGCCAUGCGGGCUGUAAUUCCACUCUGGGUGCAGGACGGAAUAUGACAUUCCAUGACUGCGGCUGUAUUCAGAGCUGGGGACUGAGCGUUGGCAACUCCUCUGCAGUUCUUGGCCAGUGUUCAAGAGAUCCCAAAUGCAACAGAAUGUUCUACAUUUAUCUGGGAUUGCAGUCUUUGGCCUUCUUUGUGUACAGUCUUGGCACUGUUCCCUAUUUCACCUUGUCUUUGAGGAUUGUGGACCCUGAGCUGAAGUCAAUCUCUGUGGGAAUGUUACUGUUCACUGUAAGAGUUUUGGGUGGUAUUCCUGCUCCCAUUUACUUUGGAAGUCUUAUUGACUCUACCUGUCUGAAAUGGGGCAGGACUAAAUCUUGUGGAAGAGGUGCCUGCAGAAUUUAUGACAUUGAGACAUUCAGGUUUCUCUUUCAGGGACUGACCAUCGGUCUUCGAGUAUUAGCUUAUUCCCUCCUCUGGAUAGCCACUAUAGAGAUACAGAGAAAAAUGAAGAAUGAUAAACAAUUGUCCAGAGACACAGAACUCCAAAAGUCUCCAUCCAACGAUCCAGAACACGAGGAGACUAUAAAAUAAUGAUCUGUGGUGUUUUAAGUGCACCUUAUGCAUUUAAUUGUACGUUUUUGCAUUAUUAUCAGUGGUAAAUGUACAUGCAGAAACAAGUUGAGAGAAAAAGGUUCAUUUGUGCGUGUCGAUUUUGUGUGUGUGUUAAAAUAUUUAUUGGGAAAAUGCAUUUGCUCGACUUGUUUAUGACUAUAGAACUGAUCAAUUUUAUUAAUGAAAUAAAGCUAGUCAAGUUGUA